GAUUUGCAGCUGAGCUGAAAAUGUUACACGACUCAUAACUUUAAUUAGAAGGUGUCUAAAAUGAUCAAUGUCCUGUCUACCCUUGAACAAUGCUGCAAUCCCCUGCUUACGCAGAGUGCCUGCUUAUGUUCUGCUUUGCUUUAGAGUCCUAAACUUUGUGGCUAACUUUGCAGCGAGCUGGAAAAACAAAACCCUUAUCUGUUAAUUUGAUUGCAUGCUUGUAAAGAUUAAUUGUCGCUUGUCCAGCUGUCUAAUUAGUUCUAAUUAAACCAACAACCAACCAGUGUGGCUUGCAUGGAAAUCUACUUGAGCUUUGUAUAAUAUUUUUAACCUAGAAGUAAUUUUGUGGUACGAUUCAGUUGUAACUUUCUUAGAAGCGUCUAAAUCACUUGUUUACUGUGUUAAAUAAUGACAAACAUGAGGCAAGGAGACUAAAAUGGACCAGAAAAGGUUACCUGAGCCAGACUUCCAAGAAAAUUUAAAACCUCCAUUUGCCAUGAAGAGAAACCCUAAAUAUACCUCACCUAAUCUGCUUAGGGGGCCUGUGGUAGGAGCUAGUCUUUGUCCUGAUUGAAAGCACACACACACACACACACACACACACACUGACAAUGGUAAAGAGUCAGAGAGCAGAUUAAAAACCCGGUGUCCAGCAGAGCAGCCCAACCUCCUUCAGGUCUGCUGCGUGGUUUCAAACCCAGAGUUGCUCUGCAGCUCAGACUGUUUGGCUGAAGCUCUCAAAAACAUGAGCAGGUCAAACCUCCUCAAUCUCAACAGCCUGGGCAAGAUAUGCGGCUCCGGCAACAGCAGCGACAUGGUGAUCCUGGACCGGGUCAAGAGGAAGAACUCUGUGAGGCGCAUGUCCAUCAUCGAGGAUGGGCAGCUGGCUGAGGUCCUCUACCUGAUCCCCAAGCAGUGCAUGAUGGAGCAGCUGCCCUUCAUCAACCCAGCUGACUACAUCCUCUGUGAAAAGCUGGCAGGGAUUCCUGCAGAGGUUUCAGUGCUGCAUGCCCCGGACAGCUGCCAGCCGUGUCCUCCGCCAGGAAAACAGCCCAUCCAGUGCUUCAGAUGUGGAGGAUUGUGCAAAGGAGAGGCGCUGCGAGUGCAGAGCAGCUACUUCCACUUAAAGUGUUUCACAUGCAAGGUGUGUGGCUGUGACUUGGCUCAGAGCGGCUUCUUCAUGAGGAACUGCGACUGCCUCUGCCCGGUGGACUUCCAGCGCCUUCACGGCACGCCCUGCACCAACUGUGGGGAAUUCGUGGAGGGGGAGGUAGUCACAGUCCUGGGGAAGUCCUACCACCCGGCCUGCUUUGUGUGCACCAUGUGCAAACAGCCCUUCCCUGCAGGGGACUGCGUAACCUUUAGGGGAAAAAACUGCAUCUGUCAGCGCUGUACUGGACCUGUGUCUCCUUCUAAUCAGAUCCAUCAUCCCAGCAAUUGUUCUGGCUGUGGCAGAGACAUCAAAAACGGUCAGGCUCUGUUGGCCCUGGGAGGUCAGUGGCACCUUGGUUGCUUCAAAUGUAAAGCCUGCAGGAGGAUCCUGAGCAGGGAGUACAUCAAUAAAGAUGGCUUUCCCUACUGCGAGAGGGACUACCAGAAUCAGUUUGGAGUCAAAUGUGAAGUGUGUCAGAGGUUCAUUACAGGAAAAGUCCUUGAGGCUGGUGAAAGGCACUUCCACCCAGGUUGUGCAAGAUGCAGCCGAUGUGGUAAAAUGUUCACAGAAGGAGAAGAAAUGUACGUGCGAGGUUCCACCAUCUGGCACCCAAACUGCAAAGACAACCGCAGAACAGAGGAGAGCUGCAGAGUCGACAGACCAAAGACUCCCUGUCUCGAUUUCUUUUACCCCCCACAUGAACUGAAGCCCAACAGAUCCUCAUCUGAAAGCUCCUGCUCCAGGCCAGGCUCGUGCACUCCUAGCAGCCCUGGUAGAACCAUCUGUGCAAAAGUAGAUGAUGAGAUCAUUGAUUACCGAGACUUAGCAGCAAUUCCCAGAGUCAAGGCUAUAUAUGAUAUAGAGCAUCCAGACAUGAUGUCCUAUGGGUCUGUGAACAUCAACCCCUCUGCUCUGGACCAAAGAGGAAUCACGCAGAACAGACGAAGCCUGACGGAGUCACCAGGAAACGUGUCUGAAACCACAGAGGAGAGUUUUGAAACAAGACCAUGCAUGCCAAAAUCUUCAAGUCAUGGAUCUUUUGGAGGUCAAACCAUGUGGUACCGUCAUAGCUAUAGUCCCGCUCUGUCUGGUUCACCGCAACACUUCCACCGACCAGCAGAUGAAGGCUUCGAUUUGUACAAGAGGCCUCCAGUUUAUAAACAGCAAGAUCCAGAUUCCUCCAUAUCCCAAACAGCUUCUUUGCCCGGAUUCAGCCAAAACUUCCUGAGUUUGCCUCAGUCAGCUGAUUACUGCCACACCAACAGUGACAGAUUCAACUUCAAGCUCACCAAAGAUGAUCAACUCCCACUAACACGAACGGAUAGAGGAGUGUCUAUGCCUAAUUUAUUGGAUCCUAAAAUCUACCCAUAUGAGCUGCUUAAAGUCACAAACAGCCGCCGGGUGAAGCUUCCCAAGGAUGUUGACAGAACAAGGCUUGAGGUAGGACAAUAUUUCCUUGUAAAACCACCGGCUUCAGUUUGUCCCAUGAGUCUUUGCUGCAUGUUUACCGAUCUGCGGAGGCGAGUAAAUCUUCAUCAGUGCAAUCUGAGCAUUUGCAUAGUGUAUCAUAAGAUUAAUUAAAUGCUAUAAUCACGUCAUUGCUGCAACAUAUAAGUAGCACUUGCCUAAAUUCUGUGGCAGUGGUACAUAUUUGCAGGAUACACCGUAUUGCCAAAAGUAUUGGGUCAUCCCUCCAUAACACUGAAUUCAGGUGUCCUAAGAGCCCGAGUUGGAAAGGAACACCUAAAGGUUCAAAAAACCAUGACAUAUUGAGCAAUUUCAUGCUGCCAACUUUUUGGGAACAGUUUGAGGAUGGCCCUUCCUGUUCCAAAUAAUGCAAAAAGCUAGGUCCACAAGGCAAGAAUGAGUAAGUUUGAUAUGAAAGAACUUGACUGGUCUACACAGAGUCAUGCCCUGCCUGAGAAAGUACCUUUGGGAUGAGUCAGAGCAAAGACUGAGUGACAGGCCCUCUCAUCCAACAUCAGUGUCUGACCCCACUAAUGCUCUCCUGGAAGAAUGGUCAUAAUAUACCCAUAAACACUCCUAAACCUUGUAGACAGUCUUCCCAGAGGAACUGAAGCCAAUGUAGCUGCAGAGGGUGGGACAACAUAAUAUUAAAGAUUUUGUAUGAAAAAUUACAAUGUCCUCAAAGUUCAUGUGUGUGUAAAGACAUGCAGUAUAACACUUUGGGAAAUAUGGUAUUUAUAAAGAUCAAAUACUUUAUCUUUGGCUGUCAGCAUUGAGGUCAUUCACCAACAGCUUUGAAUCUUCCCAUGACACUGAAACACAAAGCAGAUAAACAACAGUGUGAUGAUGCAGAACAUGGGCAUCAUUUUAUCUACAGCUUUCUUCUUUGUGAUCUUACUUUUUUGUUCUUACCUGCUUUGUUUUUCACAGCGCCACCUAUCUCCAGGUUCAUUCUCUGAGAUCUUUGGGAUGAAAAUCCAAGAAUUUGACAGACUUCCACUCUGGAAACGUAAUGACAUGAAGAAGAAGGCGAAUCUCUUCUAAAUGUUUGCUAAUGUCAUUGUUUUUUUUUUUUUGUUGGUGUUUGAAAUUGACAAUUUGGCACCACCUUACCAUAAGAUUUAAAAUGAUCUCUAAACAGUUUAUUAUUUGUAAUUAAUUAUUUAUUGAUGAAUAACAUAUAACUGAGAUAUAAAUAGUUAACAAACCAUCAUUGUAACAAACAGUAUUCCUAGUUCUGUCUAUUUGACUUUAAUGUUUUUGCUGAAUUUGGCAUAAUGCUGAGACUUUUCUAUCGGUAAAUGGAGAAGUUUAUUACUCUAAAGAAACAUUUCUGGCCAUUAAUGGCUAUUGAAGGAUGAAUGUUAGCUGCUAACACACCGGCUGAACACGGUUAGAUUAAUACUGGUUAGUUUUCAAACAUUUGUAGAGAUAACCCAGUAGUUCAGGCAAAAAGGGGUAAAAUGUAUCCUGAGUCUUUGUAUUAUGUUUGUAUCUGAGACUGUCCCUCAGACCAUUUUUCCUGAACAUGAAAGUUCAUGAAAGUACAUAAUAUUUUUAAAUAUUUUAAGAGGUUUUAGUUAAUUUCAUUUCUGAAUUAAUGUGCAAAACAUUGAGAUAUGUUGAGUGACAUCAUUGAAAAGAUCACAAAAGUGCAUAUAAGCUGUAAAAUCAUGCAAGGAUGACUAACAGAAAUGCUACAUUCUUUGUUUUGAGUUUCAAAGCUGCAGAAGUUCUAAAACAUGAAAUGCUUCACUUAA